UGAUGUUAGUUUCAAAGUUCACAUAUAAACUUCCUUUUACGCUGCGCCCAUGGUUUAAGAAUGACGCCUGAAUGAAAGAGGGAAUUUAAGGGAAAAUAAGUGACAUGUUUGUGGAUAAAAGCACAGACGAUGGCAGACAGCAAAGAGAUGACCAUCAACCUUGUCGUCCUUGGAAGACCUCAGACUGGCAAAAGCGCUGCUGGGAACAGCCUACUGGGGAGCUCAGACUUUGAGAGUCACCGCUCCCCGAGCUCUGUGACUACAUGCUGCAGCCUUGGACGCAGCUGCCACAUUUCGGGGAUCAUACGAAGAAACGGCUGUGAGGUAGCUCUCCGUGUUCGAGUACUUGACACUCCAAGCUACCCUCACAGUGGUCUGAGCAAAGAGCAAGUAACAGACACAGUGAGUUCAGCCCUGGCUCACCACUUUGGGGAGGAAGGCCUGCAUCUAGCUCUCUUGGUCCUGAGGGCUGACAUGCCUCUGUGUCCGGAUGAAAGUGAUCAUGCAAUCCAGUUUGUCCAGGAACUCCUGGGUCCCACAUGGAGGGAUUUCACUGCAGUUCUACUUACUCAUGCAGACAAGGCAGAAGAGGCUGGGUUCAGUGAGGAAGCAUACUUGCGCAGUGCCUCAAGUACCCUGUUGUCACUUCUAAGCUCAGUACAGCAUAAAUACAUCUUGAUAGACAACCAGAAGAGCAUAAUUAAAGAGGAAAGAGCUAUUGUCUUAAGAAAGCUCUUGAAUUUUAUAAGACAAAAUAAUUAUCAAGCACUUCUACUUAAACAAAGCAAGGAAUAAAAUUAGCUUUCAGGUGCUCAUUUGUCUAUUUUCUAUGGUAGGUAACAUUUCAUAGAAAUAAAAGCGUAGAAGCCAUCAACUGGAAAAUUCCACAUCCAUACCAAAUACCUUUGAACGAUCUCUUUAAAUUACCAGACUACUUGCCCUUCAGAGUAGCUCACACUACUACAUCCAGAAUCCUAGCUUCAAUGACAAAAAUCAGAACAAGCUAGUGCUCUAAAUCACGCUCCUAGUAUGUAUGUAGUCACAAGCUAGAUUUUUUUUCUUACACUACACCAGGUUGUAUAUUGCAGUUCGUAUAGAACACAGAUCUGGAAGGGAAAAAAAAAGUAAAAAAUGCAUAUGAGUUCAGACUGUAAGGGAGCCUCUUUGCUCAGUUCUUCAAGCUUUCACAAGUUCCUCUCAAUUCCAAAGUUUUUAAAGAGCUUUCCAGUAUUAAAAGCUAAGAUUUAUCUACUGCAAAAGUAUUUCCAUACCUUGAUUCAAGAUUAGUUAAAUUGAGUUUUUGAACUUCAAGAACUCUGUUUAGUAAUACAUUGUUGGCUAUGUAGUUUACAAGGCAGAUAAAAUAGCUCCCACGUGCUUAACGCUAUUUGGCACAUAUAAAAGAACUAAUUACUACUGCUUAUUCCCAGAUGCAUGAAAAAUUAACACAGUUUAUAGGCACAUACAAAACUCAUUCAAAAAAAAUGUUUAUCUCUUCUUUUGCGCUUGUUCCUUUUAAUUUUAUAUCAUUCUCAUUUUGUUUUCUCUCCCAGUUUACUGGAUGACGUUCAAAGCCUGCAAAAUUCAGAGUGGCUAAGUGUUUUUUAUUUCAGUGGUUAAAAAAGUGCUUACUGUUUCAGUGGUUAGAGAGUAACCAGUUAAUUAAAUAUUAUAUACCCAAAUAUCUGAAGUAUCUCUAAAUAGUUGCUUAAAAAGUUCUUGUAAAUUGAUCUAAACCAGUUUUCAGAUUAUUAAAAGGCAGGAAUUAAAAGAAGUAAUUUGAGGCUAUAAGCAUAGCAACCAUGACUACUUGUACUAUGUUGUUAUGGAAUAAUUCUAAUUGUAAACACUCAAGAAGGUAUGUUUGAUCCAAGGCAUCUUUUGAAUAAAAAUAAUUACAUAAUAAUACAUAAAACAAAAAAUAAAGUAAUUUUGUAUCUGUUUGGGCA